AUGGGUAGCGAGUUCCGUAAUAAAGGCGUUCACCUAUUAUUGGGCCCAGUAAUUGGUCCGAUUGGCAGAGUCGUUGAAGGCGGCCGCAACUGGGAAGGAUACUCAACAGAUCCCUAUCUCAGUGGUGCUUUGGUCUAUGAGACAAUUCGUGGAAUACAGUCAGCCGGUGUUGCUGCUUCCACAAAGCACUACAUACUCAAUGAGCAGGAGACCUACCGCAACCCCCAGAAGCUCAAUGGUCGCAAUGUCGCUGCCCUUUCAUCGAAUGUUGAUGACAAGACUAUGCAUGAGCUUUAUUUGUGGCCAUUUGCAGACGCUGUCCGUGCAGGAUCAGCAUCCAUCAUGUGCUCGUACCAACGCAUCAACAACUCGUACGGGUGCCAGAACAGUAAAACUCUCAACGGCCUCUUAAAGACGGAACUCGGCUUUCAAGGAUAUGUCAUUACUGACUGGGGCGCUCAGCACGGUGGAAUUGCUGCCGCCAAUGCUGGACUCGACAUGGUCAUGCCGCAGACACAACUCUGGGGGUCGAACCUUACCAAAGCGAUAGCUAAUGGAACCAUGAAGGCAUCUCGACUGGAUGACAUGGUGACUCGAAUUCUUGCGACAUGGUACCAGCUAAACCAGGAUACCGAUUUCCCGGGCUCGGGUGUUGGCAUGCCCAAGGACCUCAACGCAGUUCACCAAGCAGUUAUUGGGAAGUCGGCCGAUUCCAAGAAAACGCUCCUGCAGAGCGCAGUCGAGGGUCAUGUAUUAGUCAAAAAUACCAACAACGCCCUCCCACUCCAGUUCCCCAAGCUGAUCUCGGUAUUUGGCUAUGAUGCAAAGGGUCCUGACACAUUACAAUUGGCCUUGGGGCUCCAAAGCUUUAGUCCUGCGAUCCAAGAGAACCACACCUUGUACGUCGGUGGAGGGUCAGGGUACAACGCUCCGGCCUACAUUAGCGCGCCCUUGGACGCUCUUCAGGAACAGGCGUACCAAGACGGUACAUCCAUUCUAUGGGAUACAGCAUCACAAGAUCCUGAUGUCAAUCCAACCACUGAGGCCUGUCUGGUUUUCAUCAACAGUUACGCGACCGAAGGUUAUGACCGCCAGGGCUUGUUCCACGAGCCAAGCGACGAACUGGUCACAAAUGUUGCCAACAAGUGUGACAACACGGUGGUUAUUAUCCACAACGCGGGAAUUCGCCUAGUGAACGCAUGGAUUGAUCAUCCGAAUGUCACUGCUGUACUCUUCGCCCACUUACCCGGACAGGAUUCUGGACGGUCGGUGGCGGAUCUUCUCUACGGUCGAGCUAAUCCGUCAGGUAAACUGCCGUAUACCGUGGCAAAGAAUGCCGAGGACUAUGGCAAGCUACUCCAUCCAACCCAAGCGAGUGAACCUUAUGGGCUCUUUCCGCAGGAUAAUUUCGUGGAAGGCGUAUACAUCGACUACCGCGCGUUUGAUCGACAAGGGAUCGACCCGCAGUUUGAGUUUGGCUUUGGGUUAUCCUACACGACCUACGAUUACUCGGGGUUGAAAGUUGAUAUAGUUACCACGGACACCAGCCCCUAUCCACCCUCGGCUGCUAUCCAAGAAGGCGGGAACCCCCAUCUCUGGGAUGAGCUGGUCACUGUGUCUGCAGAAGUGAAGAACACUGGCAAGCGGGACGGUGAUGAAGUGGCCCAGCUGUACUUAAGCAUCCCGGACGGUCCCGUUCGCCAGCUGCGAGGAUUUGAGAAGGUGCAUGUCUCAGCGGACUCUACAACCAAGGUUGAAUUCUCGCUCACCCGACGGGAUCUCAGCACCUGGGAUGUCCAGGCUCAGCAGUGGCGAUUGCAGAAUGGCACGUAUAAUGUGUUUGUUGGCCGAUCCAGUCGAGAUCUCCCUCUUGAAACACAGUUUACUAUUUAA